AUAAUAAUCUAUUAUGCAAGUUUUAAUAACGAUGAAGAAAAAUCCUUUUUUUCUCUUCUCUUUCUUGUUACUACUCUGUUUCUUCGUUACUUGUUCUCUCUCUUCUGAGCCCAGAAACCCUGAAGUGGAGGCGUUGAUAAACAUAAAGAACGAUUUACAUGAUCCACAUGGUGUUUUGAACAACUGGGAUGAAUUCUCUGUUGAUCCUUGUAGUUGGACUAUGAUCACUUGUUCUCCAGACAACCUCGUAACUGGCUUUGGAGCUCCAAGUCAGUCUCUUUCAGGAACUUUAUCUGGGUCUAUUGGAAAUCUCACUAAUCUUCAACAAGUGUUAUUACAGAACAAUGACAUCUCCGGUAAAAUCCCACCGGAGCUUUGUUCUCUUCCUAAAUUACAGACUUUGGAUUUAUCCAAUAACCGGUUCUCCGGUGAAAUCCCCGGUUCGGUUAACCAGCUGAGUAAUCUCGAAUAUCUGAGGUUGAACAACAACUCAUUAUCUGGGCCCUUUCCUGCUUCUCUGUCUCAAAUCCCUCACCUCUCUUUCUUAGACUUGUCUUAUAACAAUCUCAGAGGUCCUGUUUCUAAAUUCCCUGCAAGGACAUUCAAUGUUGCUGGGAAUCCUUUGAUUUGUAAAAACAGCCCACCUGAGAUUUGUUCAGGAUCAAUCAAUGCAAGUCCUCUUUCUGUCUCUUUACGUUCUUCAUCAGGACGUAGAACAAAUAUAUUGGCGGUUGCACUUGGUGUAAGCCUUGGCUUUGCUGUUAGUGUAAUCCUCUCUCUCGGGUUAAUUUGGUAUCGAAGGAAACAAAGAAGGCUAACGAUGCUACGCAUAAGUGACAAGCAAGAGGAAGGGUUACUAGGAUUGGGAAAUCUAAGAAGCUUCACAUUCAGAGAACUUCAUGUAGCUACGGAUGGUUUUAGUUACAAGAGCAUUCUUGGUGCUGGUGGGUUUGGUAAUGUCUACAGAGGAAAGCUCGUGGAUGGGACAAUGGUUGCAGUGAAACGACUAAAAGAUGUGAAUGGAACCUCUGGGAAUUCACAAUUUCGUACUGAGCUUGAGAUGAUCAGCUUAGCUGUUCAUAGGAAUUUGCUUCGGUUAAUUGGUUAUUGUGCGAAUUCUAGCGAAAGGCUUCUUGUCUACCCUUAUAUGUCCAAUGGCAGCGUCGCCUCUAGGCUUAAAGCUAAACCAGCAUUGGACUGGAACACGAGGAAGAAGAUAGCGAUAGGAGCUGCAAGAGAGCUCAUCACAGGAAUGAGAGCUCUCGAGUUUGGCAAAUCUGUUAGCCAGAAAGGAGCCAUGCUUGAAUGGGUGAGGAAGCUACACAAGGAAAUGAAAGUAGAGGAGCUUGUAGACCGGGAACUCGGGACAACCUACGAUAGAAUAGAAGUUGGGGAGAUGCUACAAGUGGCUUUACUCUGCACUCAGUUUCUUCCGGCUCACAGACCGAAAAUGUCUGAAGUGGUUCAGAUGCUUGAAGGAGAUGGAUUAGCAGAAAGAUGGGCUGCUUCACAUGAUCAUUCACAUUUCUACCAUGCCAACAUGUCUUACAGGACUAUUAUCUCUACUGAUGCUAAUGGCAACAACCAAACCAAACAUUUGUUUGGUUCCUCAGGAUUUGAAGAUGAAGAUGAGAAUCAAGCCUUAGAUUCAUUCGCCAUGGAACUAUCUGGUCCAAGACCUAAUCGAAUGGCGAUGAAGUUGAUACGCCGUGAAUCAGUGGUCCGUCACAACCCAAAUGCUCGAGUUCCGGUCACUCCAGAAGACCAUAUCCAACACAUGACCGAUGUUUCAUCAGCCAGGUUUAAGUAUCUACAGAAUUCGAUUGAGAAAGAGCUAGGCAGUAGUGAAUUCCAAGUUGAUGUGCAUCAAGCAAUGAAGACAUCAUUGUUUUUUGUGAAUUUCUCGGUAGGACAGCCUCCGGUACCGCAGUUCACUAUCAUGGAUACUGGAAGCUCACUUUUAUGGAUCCAAUGUCAUCCCUGCAAACACUGCUCAUCAAAUCAUGUGAUCCAUCCUGUCUUCAAUCCAGCAUUGUCUUCAACAUUUGUAGAGUGUUCCUGCGAUGAUCGUUUUUGCAGGUAUGCACCAAACGGACAUUGCUCAUCAAACAAGUGCGUUUAUGAACAGGUGUAUAUAAGCGGCACUGGCUCAAAAGGCGUUCUAGCUAAAGAACGGUUGACCUUCACAACACAUAACGGAAACACUGUUGUGACCCAACCUAUUGCCUUUGGGUGUGGCUAUGAGAAUGGAGAGCAAUUGGACAGUGAGUUCACUGGUAUUUUGGGUUUAGGAGCCAAACCCACAUCACUUGCUGUACAGCUUGGGUCUAAAUUCUCUUACUGCAUCGGUGAUUUAGCUAACAAAAACUAUGGUUACAAUCAGCUGGUUCUGGGUGAGGAUGCGGAUAUUUUAGGGGAUCCAACACCCAUUGAAUUUGAGACAGAGAAUGGUAUCUACUAUAUGAAUCUUGAAGGGAUUAGUGUUGGGGAUAGACAACUCAAUAUCGAACCAGUGGUAUUCAAAAGAAGAGGAUCAAGAACAGGGGUCAUACUCGACACGGGCACACUCUACACUUGGCUAGCAGAUAUAGCCUACAGAGAACUCUACAAUGAAAUAAAAUCCAUUCUGGAUCCAAAAUUAGAGAGAUUCUGGUUUAGAGACUUCUUGUGCUACCAUGGGAGAGUGAACGAAGAGCUCAUAGGCUUCCCUGUGGUGACAUUUCAUUUUGCAGGCGGAGCUGAGCUGGCUAUGGAGGCCACAAGCAUGUUUUAUCAAAUGUCAGAAUCGGAUGCGUAUCAUAACGUCUUUUGUAUGUCGGUGAGGCCAACCACAGAACAUGGAGGGGAAUAUAAGGAUUUCACAGCUAUUGGGCUAAUGGCUCAACAGUACUACAAUAUUGCUUACGACCUCAACGAAAGAAACAUCUAUCUCCAGAGAAUCGACUGUGUUCUACUCGAUGACUAUUCCCCAUCAAAGUAAAUAUUGUACACGCAGACAUGUCCAUGUAAUAGAGACUCACAAAGCUUAGAGAGUUUACCUUUUGAAUUAAUUUGUAUAUUUUGA